AUGCAGAUACCUCUGUCUGUGUCCGUCCCUCUGCCCGUCUGGUGUCUGCACAUCCACACGCCUUCUGGCUGGUGUGCGCUUAUGCGGGCAUGCGUGCGCAGACAGAAGAUGGAAGGUGUCAUCAAUGCCAGCAGUAGCCACCUCCGCUGGGGCGCGAAUACGCGAGAGAGUGCGCACCGCUGGCGCGCCAAGACCCUCGUCGUUGUCUAG